AUGACGUGGCUGGCCCUCAGACCAGCCGCCUUUGCGCGGGUGCCAGCUGCAACGACGUGCCGGCCAGGUCCACGAUUCUAUUCCGGCGCAACGACCGGCGCCGGGCGCGUCUCGGACCCGCUCCGGAUCCUCUUCUGCGGCUCAGACGACUUCAGCUGCGCGGCGCUGACCGCGCUAACCGUGGAAAGGAAGAAGAACCCGAGACUAAUUGAAUCGCUGGAAGUCGUUGUUCGGCCGAGCAAGCCAUCGGGGAGAGGGAUGAAAAAUGUUCGUGAGGUUCCGUUGAAGACCCUCGCUCAGCAACUCAAGUUACCAAUUCACGUGAGAGACACAUUUACCAAGUGGCAGCCGCCCAAGGAUUUCAAUCUCAUCAUUGCCGUCUCCUUUGGCCUCUUCGUGCCACCGAGAUUACUCAAGAUGGCAAAGUAUGGAGGAUUGAACGUUCACCCGUCACUCCUUCCAGACUUCCGCGGCCCCGCGCCCCUCCAACAUACGCUCCUGCAAGGGCGCACUCACACAGGCAUCACGCUUCAAACCCUGGACCACAGGAACUUUGAUCAUGGUGACAUUCUCGCCCAGACACCGUUGCCAGGCUUCCCGAUCCCGGAGAAAUGCAGCACGCAGGAGCUCCUCGACAUUGUCACGCCGCAGGCUGCCGAGAUGCUCGUCGACGGCCUACGUCAAGGUCUCCACGUCCCUCCGUACGUGAGCGUCAGUCGGACAGCUGCCAUCCAGGACUUCCGGAACAUAUUCAAAGAACCUCCGCACGCGCCCAAGAUCACAAACCAAGACCGCAAGAUUUCUUGGUCGAAGUGGACCGCCGACGAAAUCGCGACGCGGCAGCGCGUGCUGGGCGGCGCAUGGUCCUCUGCGGUUUACCGUACCAGGGAGAAAGAGCAGAGGAUCAAGUUAGGACGGGUAGACGCCGUAUGCCUCGAGGAUAUGCCGGAGCACAUCAAGCAGUAUACCAGACGACUGAGAAUGUAUAAAAAAGCCAGAGGAAUUGCUGACAGUAGGAUACCGAAGGACGAUAAAAAUGUGAAGCUCAUCAAUUGGGUUGUAGGGAUAAAAGAUGGGAGUUGGGAAGUGCUUCGAACUCCCUUCUUUGAGCACGAGGACCGGAAAAGCAUUUUGAUUCCCAUUAUCGAGGGCGACAAGUUACUCAAAGUGGAGACUAUGAUUGUUGAGGGCUCCGCGGAACGGCCUGCUGCGAGCGCGAUCAAGAGCUUUGCCGUAGAAGGAGAGAAUUACGAUGACGGUUCUACAGGAGAAUGGCGCCGGGAUUAG